GUCAAUCUCAGCCACUUCGCACAGCUAAAUAAAAACCGAAUCUUUUCUCUUGGCAGCUGCUACUUGCCCCACGGCUCCGCUCCAACGAGAACGAACAAACGCUCUUUCUUCUUCUCUCUCCUGAACGAACUCCUUACGGCCUUGUUUCUGUUUUAUUUGCUCCUGGCUCCAGUAUUUUAGACUCGUCCUGUUCUACUCGGUUACUUCUUUGUGCUCUCUUCUAUCAGGGACUCAGCUCCGUCGCCUUGUCGCCGCACCGUUACGUCAAACUUAAAAGAAACGUUCUUGUGCCGGCGUCAUGGCAUACAACAAAUCUUAUAACCCCGAUGCGCUACCGGCACACGCAGAACCGGAACAGGUCGCCCAGAUGAUUGGUGCUAUGCAAACAGGACCAUCGCAUCCAGCUCAGCCAAAAGCCGCUCGUCCAGUAGUACCACACUCCUCUUCUAGCAGUAUUCCCCCGCGAGUUCCGGUAUCGUCAGCAUCGUCACAUUCCCUACAUCCAGCACACAACGGGCGCCCGCCAGUAAGCGCACCUCCGAGUCAAUACCGUCCCUCGCACACCCUCCAUCCCUCUCCCCCGCCGCAGAACUACGGCUUCGGACCACCACCAACACACCCGGUUCGGAAUCGCCCCCCACCGGUGUCACAUCCACCACAAUCGCCGCACCCUCCUCCCUUGUCGGUAGCCAGCAAUGACCCGCAGCAGCUGUUUCCCUUGUUCCGGGCUGCCAAUGUCUCCCACUCGGGCGCGCUGACGGAGAUGGAGCUGGGCUCUGCUCUGGUCAAUGGCGACUACACCUCAUUUCAUCCGAAGACUGUCAAGAUGAUGAUCCGCAUGUUCGACCGGAAUGGCAGCGGGACCAUCUCGUUCGACGAGUUUGUGUCAUUGUGGCGGUAUCUAGCGGCAUGGCGGGAACUGUUCGACCGGUUCGACGAAGAUCGCAGCGGGCGCAUUAGUUUGCAGGAGUUUGAGAAAUCGCUGGUCGCAUUUGGGUAUCGGUUGAGCCAGCCAUUUGUGACGGUUCUGUUUACAACAUUCGAGAGCAAGGGUCGACAGAGGAAUGCAUCUGCGAUGAUGGGACCGGCUAAGCUGGGUAUGAGCUUUGAUCUGUUCGUCCAGGCGUGCAUUAGCUUGCGUCGGAUGACGGAUGUGUUCAAGCGGUAUGACGAUGAUCGAGACGGUUAUGUGACAGUCAGCUUUGAAGAGUUUUUGACAGAAAUCAUACAACUACAAGACUAGGGUUGGUUGAGCAUGGAAGUGUUUCUUUAUUCCGAUAGUUUUAUACCCCUACUCAUCUAUAGGAAUUGAUCACGACAUUCCUCUGUGGCAAUGUCCGCGUACCCGUAUGUGUAUGUCUGCAACAACUGCAUUGUUGCACACGUAUCAAACGCUCAAGCGCAAAAGCCAGCGUCAACACAUUUAAAUCUGACGAAACAGAUCGCCUACUGUCAGCCGCGUGCAAUCAGGUUGAAACAGGUCCAGCAAGAUGGCAUCCCACUCGGCGCUUCUCCUGGCGAUCACGCGUUAUUAGUGCAU